AUGACAAGUGGUAUUUUGGCUGCCAAAUACAUUUCACAGUUAAUCAGUGCAGCAACUUUACCCCAACUUUACAUACUCAUGACAUCUACCUCUCGAUCAGCAUAUCUUACAAGACUAUCUCCAAAAGGAAAGGCUAUAGGCGUAUCCAACACCUUAUCAAAUACCUGCGGACAACCCGAGUCCUCAGAUUCAGAUGAAAUGGAGACGAAAGGAUGGGAAAGUCGAUCGCGUACGUGGAUGGCGAAGUAUGAACUCAAAGUCAACAAGUGCAUCCAGAAGAAUCAAUCACCGCUUGACCCCUUCGAAGAUCUUCGGCUUCUAUCAACUCACUCAUCUGCACCAGCCUCGGGAUAUGAUUUUGACAUUCAAUCAGAAUUUAUGAGCACCACAAGAACAAGUCCCACCCGUUCAGAGCAUUCAUUGAGCAUCCUUGCGUCAGAGACGCACGACUCCCGUUCAAAUUCUCCCAUGCGAACUCAGCCAAUUAAUCCACUACCGUACCUACCGCCUGAGCUGGCUAGCCCUCAUUCUCAUCAACCUGUGCCUGCCUCAUUGCAAGGCAGUAGCACUUUACCUGCUCCGGCAAAGCCGUCUGCAAAGCAGAAGCAACCAGAAGAGGAUUACUACAAACACGAUCCGGUGAUCGAAGACUUCAGCAAUUUCCAACUCCCAAUGAAAAAGACGCCUACCAAAAGCGCCAAGCAUUUACCUAUCUUGCCCCAAGCGCUCCUCAAAGCACCUUCCCUGGUAAAACGACGAUGGGAUCACUCGAUUAGCUUUCAGUCCAAUGCUUCUCCCUCUUGUCAAAGGAUUCAUCCAGCUGAGCCAUCCCCGAAUCGGAAUUCAAAGAAGGUCAAAGAGAUCAAUACAAUGGCCGAUUAUGAAAAGCUAAGCAGGCAGGAGCGAGAACUUAGAUUUCCGAGCGUUGAGAUUUUUGCAACCUUCCUCAAUUCAGUCGCUACUCCCAAAACGAAACGUUCUCGAGCAUACUUGUCAGGCUUGGAUAUCUGCUAUCUUUUGGACACUAGCAUCAAGCAGAAGCUUGGCAACACCGAUCGGUUGAGAAUGACUAAACUCUCUGCAGCGGGUGCCAAGCUACACGCCCAACCCAAAAUUGGUCUGACUACUCAUAUCAUCAUUGGUGGGCUAGUUGAAAGUUGGACGGAAUGUACGGAGGCGCUGCGCAGCUCGAUAUCUGAUUCACAGGAGCUUCAGUCUGUCAAUCGCCUAAUCCGUGGACCCGAUGAAGGCCAAGCUGGGGUAGAUAUCAUAUGGCUUUUAAGCAUAAAAUGGUUACAAAGCUGUCUCAAUAACUCGCGUCGUGUCCCUGAAAAAGGAUUUCAUAUCAAGCCUCGCAAUUCUCGCCAUGCUCACAAGCCAACAGCCGAGUUCAACACAUCAAUCCCUUUAAUAUCGGAUCACUGCUAA